UUUUUUUUUUAAUUGUUGUUGUUAUUGUUUAGGUUGGGUUUGGCGUGUCUUUCCCCCUUUCCCCUUGGAGUUACAAACUAUUUCUGAAACCAGCUGCUGCUCCCACUCUCUGAAUUGCCCCACACACACACCCCACCACCACCACCACUACCACCACCCCCCCGCUCCGUGGCAGAACAAACUCCUACAAACCAUCGCUACUGCUGCGGCCGGGGCUCGGCCACUUCUUUGGCACGACCUCCCCCCGGUUAUUUUUCUAUAAAUCCCCAUUAUUAUAUUUCCCCCCACCUUUCGCCCCAGUCCCCCCCACCCACCCCCCGCCGCAGCCUGCCGUGCGCAGUGGGACUGCCUGUGACACGGCGGAUUGGCGAAGCUGCUUCUCCAACUUUCCAGCCUAAAUUAUAGCCGGAACAUGUCUCUGACCAACACAAAGACGGGUUUUUCGGUGAAGGACAUUUUGGAUCUUCCCGACACCAACGAUGAGGACGGUUCGGCCGCGGAGGGAGGCGAAGAGGAGAGCGAGGCGCCGGAGCCGCCCAAGAAAGCAGGAGUUUUGGGACAAACCCCUUUGGACACUGUUCAGGCGCUGCCUUUGAAGAACCCUUUCUAUGAUAAUAGCGAUAAUCCCUACACGCGUUGGCUGGCGAGCGCCGAGGGCAUCCAAUACUCCCUGCAUGGACUGACGGGCGGCGGCGGCCAGGACACCUCGGCCAAAUCCCCGGAGCCGUCGGCCGACGAAUCUCCUGACAACGAGAAGGAAGCGUCGGGUGGUGGGGACGCGGGGAAGAAGAGGAAGAGGAGAGUGCUGUUCUCCAAGGCACAGACCUACGAGCUGGAGCGGAGGUUCCGGCAGCAGAGGUACCUGUCGGCGCCGGAGCGGGAGCAUCUGGCCAGCCUGAUCCGCCUCACCCCCACCCAGGUGAAAAUCUGGUUCCAGAACCAUCGCUACAAGAUGAAGAGGGCCCGGGCUGAGAAAGGUAUGGAAGUGACUCCUCUUCCCUCCCCGCGGCGGGUGGCCGUGCCGGUCUUAGUCAGGGACGGCAAGCCCUGCCACACGCUCAAAGCUCAGGACUUGGCAGCGGCGACUUUCCAGACGGGAAUCCCUUUCUCCGCCUAUAGCGCCCAGUCUCUACAGCAUAUGCAAUACAACGCCCAGUACAGCGCUACCAGCAACCCCCAGUAUCCCACAGCACACCAUUUGGUACAAGCUCAGCAGUGGACUUGGUGAAGGCUGGAGGGGAGACCGCAGACACGCACACACUACCCCCCCACACACACAAGAAAGAAAAAGGAGAAAAAUCCACAAAUAAUAAAGAGAGAGAGAGAAAGAAACAGACUGAUGCUCCCCCCCCUAAAAAAAAAAAACACAACCCAAACUGCGGGGGAAGCAGUGGAGGGGGAAAGCUAUUAUUAUUAUUAUUAUUAUUAUUGCUAUUAAUAUUAUUAUGGGGUUUUUUUUCCUCUCCCGUCUAUUUUCCCUUCCAAACAAUUUUUUUGGUGGGGUC